AUGGCUCGUGGUGGAGUUCACACUCGAAGCACAGCAAAUCAAGGAGUUGGAUCUGAAACUGCAAACAUGUUCUCUGUUCUUGAAUCUCAUGAUCGCCCACCUGGUGAUGAUCCUCGCAGUCCUUACUACAUUUCUAAUGGAGAUCAAUCUGUUGUUAGCCUUGUUCCAAAGAUCUUGACUGGAUGUGAAAAUUACAGCUCCUGGAGGCGAUCGAUGGUUGUUGCUCUUGCUGCAAGAAACAAGAUUAAGUUCGUUGAUGGUCGAUUACCUGCACCUGAAGGUGAUGAUGAAGCUUAUGAUGUCUGGUUUAGGUGCAACAUUUUGGUGAUCUCAUGGAUUCUGCAUGCCAUUUCUAGUGAAAUUGCAGACAGUGUGAUGUAUCUUGACAAUGCAGCUAGGAUUUGGUAUGAACUUCAGGAAAGAUAUCAUCAAAAGAAUGCACCUAGGGUGUUCGAGGCUAAACGAUCUAUGCAAGAUUUGGUUCAGGGAUCAAAUUAUGUCACUACAUACUUCACUCGACUAAAGUCUCUUUAG